GCUGUGCACAUCUCCCCACCACAGGCACCUUCUCCACAUAGCCAGCUCCGGUCUCAUUUCUUCCACUUGGCUGAGCCAUCCAGAGCCUUUUCAAUGUAUAAAAUGGAAUAUUCUUACCUCAAUUCCUCCGCCUACGAGUCCUGUAUGGCCGGGAUGGACACCUCGAGCCUGGCUUCAGCGUAUGCUGACUUCAGUUCCUGCAGCCAAGCCAGUGGCUUCCAGUAUAACCCCAUAAGGACCACUUUCGGGGCCACCUCAGGCUGCCCGUCCCUCACUCCAGGAUCCUGCAGCCUCGGCUCGCUCAGGGACCACCAGAGCAGCCCCUACGCAGCAGUUCCUUACAAACUCUUCACCGACCACGGCGGUUUGAACGAGAAGCGGAAACAGCGGCGGAUCCGCACCACGUUCACCAGCGCGCAGCUCAAGGAACUGGAGCGGGUGUUCGCAGAGACGCACUACCCCGACAUUUACACCCGGGAGGAGCUGGCGCUCAAGAUCGACCUCACCGAGGCCCGAGUGCAGCGCAGAUCGCCCCUUCAGACAGAGCUGCCGCACCCUCGGGCUGCCCGCACCGACCCGCGGAAGGCGACGGCUGCUCAGUGCCCGGGGCACAGCCGGGAGCUGCCGCGGCCUCGAUGGGGCGGGCUGAGAGCGGCCCCAGCACUGCCCCGGGACAGCCCCGCACCCCCCCGCUCCCGGGGGCACCGCGGGGUGAGCAGCGGGGACGGCGGGACACUGAACCCUGCCUGA